AUGUCUUCUACCACUAAUACAGGAGAGGCUUCGCAGCCAAGUGAAACGAAAGAUUCACCAAGAACACGCGCCAUAAGACGCGCUAAGCGUAAUCAGAGGCUCAAGGCACAGGUGAUGGAUCUGAUCACAGCAAAUCCAGGGGGAGUGUGGAUGCUUGACCUACUACAACUCUAUAGGAAGCGUUUCAAACGCAACAUGAAUUUUCUUGCGAGUGGGCAUCUGAGCCUGUUAAGUCUGCUCUGUCUCUUGGACGAGCACGUGGUCGUCACCUGUCUUGAAGACGGCUCUUGGUUCGUGCACCUGCGCGGCGCCGAGCCCGAGUACCCUCCCGUACCGGCGCCCAGUCCUCGCCCCGUGCGCGCCAGCACGCCAGUCACAGACGAGGACGCGCUGCCCUACAUCCCCUAUGACGAGGACGUGUUUCCCGAGGACUGCAUGCAGCCGAUGGAAGUCAUCCCGGAGUCGUCACUGCGGGACAUACAGCCCGCCGACAUGGUGGAGAUCAGUGUGACAGAGGUGUACUCUCCCUCGCACUUCUGGUUAAUGCGCCUCGGCGAGGAGUACCACAUUGCCUUGGAGAUAAUCAUGGAUGAGAUGGCGCGCUACUACGACGAUGAGGGCCGCUCACGCUUCCUGGCGCCCAGCGCCAUGCGCGUGGGGCACUACUGCAGCGCGCCAUACGAGCGUCGCUGGCACCGCGCGGUCAUCGUCCAGCUCAAAGACAGCGACAUUGUUAAGGUGCGGUACGUGGACUACGGCACGGUGGAGUCGCUGCAGCGCUGCGAGCUGCGGCCGCUGCGGCGCGAGUGGGCGCAGCUGCCGGCGCAGGCGCUGCGGGCGCGGCUGGCUGCCGUGCGUCCCUGUGCCGACGCUACCCGCUGGCCGUUCGCUUCCUCCGCGCACUUCCUCAAACUCGUGGCCAACAUGCGCCUCGUCGCAAACGUCGUCUCAGUCAACACCGAGGAGAAGGUGAUCGAGACUCUGUUAGUAGACACGUCUACGCCGAAGGACCUCCUAAUCAGCGACGCACUAAUCAAAACCGGCCACGCUGACGCACGGCACGACAGCGUUCGGGCGUCGGAGCCGCACCUAAUCCCGACGUUCGAGGCACUCGAGAGCGGCGCCGCACUCGGCCCGAAGGACGUAAUGUUUUACCUGAACAACGGCGUCCCGCUUGAAAAGCACCCUGCCUAUGUCGAGCACGUCAUUGCGCCCAUCAAGCGCGCCACGAUCACCAGGGACGAAGCACCCGGCCUGACCAGAGACUCUGCGUCAGAGCCAUCCACGCCGGGUCAGCUGCUACUGGCGGCGCUCCAGGUGGGUGCGAAGUCGUCGUCAUCCCUCGACGAAGAGCCCCGGUCGCACUCGUCGGCACCGCUCGGGGAGAGGCCAUUAUGCUCCUCGGCGUCGGUCGCGUCGGUCGAGUCGGAUAUAGCAGCACUGACUCUGGAGGAGCGCGACACCUAUAACUCGCUGCUCCGAGAGGACCCGGUAGCCGCUCACUGGUACAAGGCUGGCGCGCUGGGCCGCGCCAUGCACCCCGAGUAGGGAACCAAACCACCGUUAACGUCACAAUCGCUGUCACUCCUCACCGAUCCCCUCGAAAUACAUAUACAGAGUUGCUACCCAAACGCUACCAGCUACCAUUAGUUGCUACCGAUUGCUACCCUCAUGGUUUUGAAGAUAUUCAGCAUCU